CUCUCUCUCUCUCUCUCUCUCUCUCUCCAUCAGCUGAUGUCUGAAAAUGCCUCUGCUGCGCAGGAAGUGCUCAAGAAAAUAAAAACGAAAGCGCACAGAAGAUUCAAGUCAACAUGCGCUAAUGCUCCGGAUACUCUCCGACGUUGGCUAGCUGACGUGAUCUGCAGGUGAAAUAAGAAGAGGAGAAGAUGGCACAUCAGGGCUGCGGACAGGCCUGGGGAAAACUGGUCAAAUUCAGCGCAUCUCCGGGUUCAGAGAUAUUACUCAUAAAUAGAGAAUGCACGGUGGGGAGAAAAAAAGAUUGUGACCUCUCAUUCCCGGCUAAUAAACUGGUCUCAGGGAAUCAUUGCAGAAUCACUCAAGAUCAGAACUCAGGACAGGUGUGGCUGGAGGACAUGAGCACCAAUGGAACAGUGAUCAACAUGUCCAAAGUGGUGAAGAAACAGACACACUUACUGCAGAAUGGUGAUGUCAUUCACUUUGUGUACAGGAAGAAUGAGCCAGAGCAAAACAUUGCUUAUGUUUAUCAGGCCAUCGGGCCACAGGAAAGUGCCUCACAGGACACUGAAGAUAUUGGAAGAGAAGACGAUUCAGAUCUGACGGAAACCGAGAGUGAACCAGUGCCAGUAGAGCCUGUUAUUGUGAAGCCUCUACCUCAGGCUGGGCAUGAGGAUCCUCAGCCAUCUACCUCACGCUCUUCCUUCCACAUCUACAACGUGCCCUUAUCUAGCUGCUCUGCAGAUGUGUCUGCAGAGAAAAGCCCAAUGAGUUCUUCGGUUGUUUGUAAAGGAGAAUCAGAGAUGACUGCACCAGCAAGCAGCCCUGGGGAGCUGGUCAUGAAUCACACUUGCCUGAAGUGGACCUGCUGGACCGAGGGAGGGCAACAGAUGGAGCCGGAGGUGGAAAUGCAGAGGAAAAGAAGAAAAACUGACAAAGAUGAUCAGAGGGGGUGUGGAUCUUCUCACAGUGACUCUGCUGUUUCUGCAGCAGCUCCUCAGGUCUCUCUCAGAGGAGCAGCAGGGAAAGACAAAACUGAGGGAGCCACGACAGACAAAAUGGAAGAAUCCCUCGCAUGCAUCGUCUGCCAGGACUUGCUGCAUGACUGUGUCAGUCUUCAGCCCUGCAUGCAUACGUUUUGCGCUGCCUGUUAUUCUGGCUGGAUGGAGCGUUCCUCCCUCUGCCCCACCUGCCGAUGUCCUGUGGAGAGGAUCCGUAAAAACCACAUCCUCAACAACCUGGUGGAGGCUUACCUUCUCCAGCACCCAGAGAAGUGUCGGAGUGAAGAAGAAUUGCGUAGCAUGGAUGCCCGAAACAAGAUCACGCAGGACAUGCUGCAGCCGAAGGUCGAGCGCUCCUUCUCGGAUGAGGAGGGCAGUUCAGACUAUCUGUUCGAACUCUCAGACAAUGACAGUGACAUCUCUGACAUGAGUCAGCCCUAUAUGAUGUGUCGGCAGUGUCCAGGUUAUCACGAGCUCAGCUCUGUCCUGUCGAUCUGUGAGCCCGCUCAACCCGAAGGGCUGGCUAAAGUGCCUGGAGACGGCGCCUCCACAUCCUCUGACACCUCCCCAGAAAUGCACUGUGUUCCUGCUGCAGCUGCUCAGGAGUUCAGAUGUGCUCCUCAGGGCAGUCACCUGAUCUGCUCCUGCUGCCUGCAGCCCAUGCCCGACCGCCGCUACGAGCACCUUCCCCCUCAGGUGUCUCCGCAGCACUGUCUGGUGUGUCAGAAAGCGUACUGUCACGUGUACUGGGGCUGUCCGCGGAUCGGCUGUCACGGCUGCUUAGCGCCUUUCAGCGAACUUAACCUUAACGAUAAAUGUCUGGAUGGAGUUUUUAAUGGCAAUCAGUACGAGUCUGAAGUCCUUCAGAAUUAUUUGACUUCUCGAGGAAUGAGCUGGAGGCAUAUGCUGCAGGAGGCGCUUCAGGCCGUACAGCAGGGCCUGUACCAGCUCUCUGAUUACAGAAUCACUGGCAGCUCUUUCCUCUGCUACUGCUGUGGACUUCGCACUUUUAGAGAGCUUGCAUAUAAAUACAGAGAGCAUAUUCCUCCAUCAGAUCUGCCAGAUUCUGUGACUGCCAGACCCAACUGUUACUGGGGACGCAACUGUCGGACUCAAGUCAAAGCACACCACGCUUUGAAAUUCAACCACGUGUGUGAGCAGACGCGUUUUAAGAACUAAAGCUGGAGGACCGUGGCUUGAUUUGACAGCAGUCUCCGCUUCUGGGUAACUGAUCUGCUGUGGACACGUGCUAUACCUCUGUACUCCUCUAGAUGGCAACUUUACAUAUGCAAAGUCAAUCAGAUGAUGAUAAAUCAAUCCUCCGUGAGGUUUGGUGUCAGCGAAGCAGACACUAGUUUUUCAUGAUGGACUGACCGUCACACUUUCAGUAUGCACAUUUCUUUCCACUAUGCUAUUGACAUGCUUUCAUGCUGCAUCUCUGCUUAUAAUUGUGAAACAAGAAAACAUUGGCAAUCACCUUUUCAUGCAAAAAGCUCUUUAGCUUGAACCUUAUACAAUAUACAAAAUAUAAAACUAACCCAUAGUGCCUAAGAGUCAACUCUUUCUUUGCAUACUUCUUCCCUUUUAAUGUUCGCUCGGUGAAAAUAAUGCUCUUUCACUAUUAUCAUUAACUGCUCAAGACAUUUAAAUGCUACUGAGAAUGUUGAAAAUGUAUGUUAGAAAAAGGGAUGAUUGUGUUGGUGACUCACAACCAGUGCACUAAACUUUCACACAUUUAGGUAUUCAGCAUUUGCAUUUUUUUUCUUCAUUAUUAGGGUAGUAAACUGUGAAGAAAAGGUUGCAAAGCUAUUCUGAAGGCAUAUGAGAGUUUUUUUCAUUUUUUUUUUAUUGCACUGCAAGGGAUAAUCAAGUCGAAUCUGAUUUAUAAUAAAGGCUUAGAUGUUUUCGUACAUCUUGUUAUGAUUAUGGAAUUUUUGCUUUUGGCUCAUGUUCAUAUGCAAACAAGGUCCGUUUUUAGCAGUGGAUGAUGCUGUUCCCAGCGUUUCCUGUGUAUUUAAGAUAUUUUAGUUUUUCUUUCACUUGUAGGAUCGGUGAUAUAAUAGGUAGAUGGUAUGGCCAUAUAAUAGCUGUUUAAAUCUUUCAAUAUUUUCUGACUAGGCUAGAGCUGUAUUUCUGAGCUAGUAAAUAAGAUUUUUAAGUGUUUUUUUCCAUUUCUUAUUCCCAUCUUCCCCAUGAAGUUUUAUUUCAGUUGGUGUAUAUUUUGUAACACUCAGCUGAUUCUUGUUUAACUUGGUAAACCACAUUGGUUUUAGCCAUAGUUUUUCCAACUAGUUUUUUUAAUAAGUUUAAUAAACUGAGAAAGCCAGUGUGAUCCAUGAAACCAUUACCACAGUCAGUGUUUAAAAUGUGGCGUUAAGCAUCAAAGCCACAUGGAAAUUCUAAGUUAAGAACAUUUUACCCUUUUCUUUUUUUGGGGGGUUAAUAAAAACAUUGAAAGCAUAAAACGAUAUUUGUACCCUUUUCGGAUACCUGAAAGUAGGUGCAUGCUAUAUCUCAGUUCAUUGUAAUGUUUGCAAACAUUUCCAAAAAUCUUUAACAUUUUACAUUACUGUUAGGUUGAACAUAAAGUAUUGUUGAAAAUCUAUUUGCUUUUUUGCCUUGUGCAUGUUUUUGGGGUCUGUUGUUCCUCACACCACAGCAUUCUUCAGAGGCUCAGAUUAGACUUCCUACAACUACAGAGGUCAAUCCUAUACAUCCCUCACCAGCCUCAGCUGUGCUUUAAUGAAGGUGGACAGAAGGGCUCAGCACUCUAAAACCUCACACACUGACCUAAUGGCACCUGACAGGAUUUGCUACACUGUGGUUUUACAGGAUAACUCACCCUGCCGUUACUUUGAAAGUUUGUAUGGGAAUGUUUCUAUUAGAGUUCAUAAUAGUUACUUCCACCUGUUCUGUUUAGUUUUUUUUCCAUUGAUGCAUUUGGUAGAUGCUUUUAUCUAAAGCAGCGUUCCUCAAAUUGUAUCUGAUUGUAAACGAACUGGUAUGCAAAUUCUGAAAUAUCAAGAUAUGUGGGAAAGGGGUUUCUAUUAUAUUCUAAUAUCUACCUAAACACUUUGUAUGUCUAAUAGACUGAUAAACCUUCCUUUGAAACCACAUACAGGCUCUUGUAUAAACCUAAAAGGUGGUUUAGGUUAGUUGAAUGGUAUGUUAUGACGUGAGCUCCAAAGCGGGUCUCAUUUAAUGAACUCUUAAAAUCUGCAGGAAGGUUUGAGGGAUUUAUUCAGGAAUUGUCCCGAGAGUUAGAGACGCUUUGGGGGCUGCUUUGCAUUUACUGAAAGGGAGAUGUACUCAGCAAAUAUUUACUUGCUUGGGUUGGAUGGGAUUUUUUCUUUCUUUCGGAAAAGGGGGUGUUUAAUUCUACCUCAUCAUAGUUUAAACUGAAGCUUCAAAAUGUUUUCUGCUCAGGUUUUUGAGUAACUAUUGGGAAGCCCUUAUAAUAGCACUGUUAAUGUUCUAUAGUUGAAUUAGCGCUUGCUGUGCCUCAUGUUUGUAAUGCCUAGAAAUAAAUCUGAGAAUAAAACCUUGUUUAAUUUACUGCACUAAUAAUAAAAGACUACAUUCGACUCUG